UUUAGGUUAUAUAUAUUUUUUUAAGUUUACAAUCAUUGAAUUCUGUGUUUCAUCAUAAAGCAAAAUUUUAUUUAAUACUUACCUCUACUAUUGACCAAUUAAUUUUUAUUUUUAAUUUUUUUCCUGAUGUUUUGUGCAAGUCGUCUGCUUUGCUAUAUGGGAUUUGACUGUUUCAUCACAAGAGGUUUGCCAAUGGACAAGGCCAGGAGCGUAUGCAGAAUUUCAUUUCGGUGUAUGUGGGAGGGGAAGGGGUUUAGAACCAUUUUACCUGCUGUUUGCUUCCAAAUUAUUUACAUUAGUGGUUGGGAAUUAUAUAUUUUUUAGGAUUACGGGGGGUAAUAUAUCCCCCAUCCCGCCCCCCUCCUUGCAUAUGCCCCUGGCCAAGGCUGAGAUCUUCUGUGGUUUAUAAAUAUGAAGAUGGUUAAUCCAUGCCAGUGGGAGAGAUGGGUGGUGGUUUGGGCUCCAGUGUUUCCAAAAUCAGUGGCAGAUGCAGAAAUUAUUUUUUUUUGAGAGGGAGGGGGAAACUACGGAAAAAAAAUUUAAAAACUUUGAAAUUUGAUUGACAGUAUCACACUGACAUUUGGGCCUACAGUAGUAGCUGUAAGCGACGUGGCUUCUCACAAGUAACAUACUGACUUCACUGAAAUUUUGCCAAUUUGUUAAUAACCUCAGCGGAGUUAUAUCCCCCGUUAUCCCUCCCCAUUCCAGCAUCCACCAUUGGCUAAAAUGUUACUCUAACCUGCCUGGUCUGCCGCAAUCAUUAAACCCCUUACUAAUCUUUUAAAAAAAUUGGAAUCGCUUGUGAAAUACAAGGAUCCAAACAAAAUCUAAUACUUCUGAGUUCACAUCCAGCCAAAAACCAACUUCGGUUAUCGUGGUGAAAAGCCAAGUAGCUUACCGGUAUUAAUUUCUCGACCCAUGCAUUCUGGUAACAUAUGGGCUGAAGAUGGCCUCGGCAGAGGGAGGCCCGGGAGCGCGCUGAGGCGAGGCGUGACCGCUGCGUAAGGGCCGAGGCGACCCCCGCCCGAGGCAGACAUGGGGAGCAGCUGCUCGUCCGGCCAAGGUCACAAGGACAAGGACAGCGUCUCCUCCAGAUCGGAGGAGUCGCCGAGCUACCAGGCGAACGCGAGGAAGGACUCGCGGGGUGACGCGGGACGCCCCCAGCUGCAGGAGCAGGGGAACCACAGCGUGCACUCGGGGGUCAUCCUGGAGGCGGCGAGCGCGGGGGGGACGGCCCGGCACCCGCGCACGGCCAGCGAGGCGCAGGCGGAGACAGCGACAGCCGACUCCAUAUCGCUGUCGUCGCCCCCGGGCACCGCGGUGCAGAGCCCCCGGGACUUCGACAAGCUGUCGAGCGACGCCCCGCCGCUGCCCCCCGAGGUGCAGCAGCUGCCCGACAACCUCCAGAGCCUGCUGCUGGGGCAGGUGGCGGCCGCCCGCGUCAGCGCCAAGACGCGCAAGAUUGUCGUCUACGUGUGCGCUGCCGACUCGCAAGACUGCUGCGUGGAGAAGGGGGCGCUGCACAACACGGUGUACCCGGAGCUGCGGGAGCACUGCCGCGCCAACGGCUACGAGCUGCACGUCGUCGACCUGCACUGGAAGACGGGGCUGGAGAAGCAGCAGGACCACGAGUUCCCGGAGCUGUGCCUGGGGGAGCUGGCCCGCCAGAUGGAGGUGGCGUACGUGGUGCCGGUGCUGUUCCUGAGCAACUCGCUGGGCACGCCGCUGCUGCCCGGCACCAUCGAGACCCAGGACUUCGAGAUGGCCGUGGCGAAGGCUGAGGACGCGCAGCUGCUGCGCAAGUGGUACCAGCUGGACGCUCACGCCCAGCCGCCGUGCUACCGCCUGCAGCCCAUCAGCAGCCACAUCCCGGGCUUCAAGGAGAGCUCGCCGGAGGAGAAGGAGCGGGCCCUGCGAGAGUGGCGGUCGGAGAUCGAGAGGACGCUGGCCGUGAUGGUCACCGUCUUCCCCCAGGAGCUGCGCGACACGUACUUGACCACCGUGGUGGAGCAGGAGGUGCACAACACGGUGUUCAUGAGCCAGGAGCUGGCGCGGCGCUGCCUGUGGCUGUGCCGGGUGUUCACGCCGGCCGGCCCGGCGCCCGAGCAGCCGAGCGUGGGCGAGGCCGAGCUAGCUCGCCGCCUGGAGGCGCUGCAGAAGGACCUGCGGAACCAGCUGAGCGACAAGCACAUCCUGCGGCUGGCCGUGCGCUGCGUGGGAGGGGGGCUGGACCCCGAGCUGCCGGAGCACGCCCAGUACGUGUCGGAGGUGGCGGCCCACAUGGCGCGGCACCUGCGCGCCUGCGUCGACGCCAUCGUCGAGGAGGACCAAGCCAAGGCGGUGCUGAGGCCGAGCUACGGCAUCGACGGCCGACUGUUCGAGGAGCUGAUGCAGCAGACGAGCUUCUGCCAGCGCGCGGCCCAGUGCAGCAUCAACCGGGAGGCAGUGCUCCACAGCAUCCGGAGCUACGUGGUGGGGGAGUCGCGCGCGCCGCUGGUGCUGCACGGGCCGCGCGGCUGCGGCAAGAGCACGCUCGUCGCCCGCGCCGCGCAGUGCUGCCACGCCUGGCAGCCCGAGUGCGCGCUGCUGGUCAGGGUGGUGGGCGUGACGGCUUCGAGCUCCACCACGGAGGGCGUGCUGCGCAGCCUGCUGGACCAGUGCUGCGUGCUCGCGCACGGCCACCUCUGCUGGGACGCGCACAACAUGGAGAGCUACAGGACUGCCCUGUCGAGGCUGCUCACCGAGAUGUGUCUGCAGCGACCAACGCUGAUCGUCAUCGAUAACCUCGACCAGGUGCGGGAGUACGGGACGCAGUCCGUCGACUGGCUGCCCGCCGUCCUGCCGGAGAACGUCAAGCUGAUACUGUCCGUGGCCCAGGACAGCCCCGUGUUUGCCGAACUGAAGCAGAAGAUACCGUCUGCCACGUUCGUCGAGAUGCCCAGCCUGGGAAAGGCAGAGGCGGAGGCGAUCCUGAUGUCGUCCGUGAUGCAGUACAACCACAGCGUGAGCAGCCACGUGCAGGACUGCGUGCGCUCCUCCGUGCAGGACUGCACGCUGCCGCUCUACGUCAAGGUGCUGGCCUGGCAGACGUCCUGGUGGUCGGGCCGGGAGCACGGCGUCGUGCCCAAGGGCAACGUCACGGACCAGCUGCGAACCAUGCUGGACGAGCUCGAGUCCAUUCUAGGCAAGGAGCGCGUGGCGCACUCCCUGGCGCUGGCCACGGCCUCCAAGAACGGGCUGUGCGACUCGGAGAUGCUGGACCUCCUGGCGCACGACGCUCGCUUCCACAGCAAGGACACGUACGUGUCGUGGGCGCCCAGCUGCCUGUUCUGGGCGGGGCUCAACAAGUACCUGGCGCCGUUCAUGCGGUGGUCGGGCGUGGCAGGGCCCAGCACGCUGCGCUGGCGCGACGCGCUGCUCCUCGAGGCCAUCCGCGCCAAGUACGACCGGCAGCACGCCGCCGCCUCUGUCCUCGCCGACUACUACCAGGGCAACUUGGGGAAGACCAGCGGGCUGGAGCUGGCGGGCAGACUUCUUCCGCAGCCCAACAAGACUGGCAAGUGCUACAAUCAGCGCAAAUUAGAAGAACUUCCAUAUCAGAUGUUUCAGCUGCACAGAUCAAUCAAAGACAACUUCCUGUUCGACCAAUCCUGGUUGUUCGACAAGCUGUGUGGGGCAGGUGUAUAUGAUGUCCUGGAGGACAUCUUCCUGGAGGAGUCGGCCGGCCCGGAGCGACGCGACGCGGAGCUCGCCGUGCUGCGCGGCUGCCUGGAGCAGAGCGCGGGCGCGCUGAGCUACGACGGCCGGCAGUUCUACUCCCAGAUGCACGUCCACCUGUCCAAGCUGUUCGACGAGAGGGGCGACGCGCCGGAGCACGGCUUCCUGGCGGGGCUGCUCCGCGCGUGCCGCGACCCGCCCGUGCCGUCCCUCGUGCCGGCCGGCGCCGCCGACACGGACGAGGACGAGCCCGGGCGGCCGAGGUUCGACGCGGUGACGCGGCUCGGGGACGGCUCGGGCUUCGUGGCGACCGUGUCGACUGAGCGGGAGGAGAUCGCCGUGUGGGACGCCUGCAGCGCGACACGGGUUCGCACCCUGGUCGGGGUGACGCACCCCAUCAGCCUGAAGCCCGUGGACGAGCGCCGCUGCGUGGUGCUGUGCCGGCGGGAGCUGCGCGUCUACGACCUGGACGCCGGCCGCUUCGUGGCGCGCCUCAAGGGCGUCAUGAACCAGAAGAUGCCGUACUACGGGCUGCACGACCCGGAGCACCUGGUCACGCUCUCCCGCAACAGGAUGUACGUGAACCUCAUGAACAUGGAGAGCGGGGACUGCGUGACGACCUUCAAGGCCGGCGAGGACCGCUUCCUCAACUCGCUGCUCGUGUCUGGCGACGGCAGGGUGCUGGUGUGCGGUGACGAGACACAGAAGCCGUUCCCGCUGCUGGUGUGGAACCUGGCGUCUCGCAAGCUGCUGUACGACCUGCGCAUCCCGCACCACGACUUCGUCACCAACCUGGCCGCCAUCACCUUCGAGGGCCACUACGUGUGCUGCGUCGCCAAGGAGGUGGACGAGCCCAGCCCCAACUUCAUCGUGGUGUACGACCUGCAGAGCGGGACGCUGUUCAAGAAGUGGAAGCCCGGCGUGAGCACCGUCUCGCUGGACAUCUCCUCGCGGGACGGCUGCGUCAUCAGCGGCCUGGAGGACGCCAGGAUCCUCGUCUGGGACCUCAUCACGGGCAACUGUCGCUGGAGCCUGAGCGGCCACACGGCGCCCGUGGACUUCCUGCGGCUGGACCCGCAGGGAGGCUGCGUGCUCUCGGCCGACUCCUGCUGCCGCGACCGCUCCCUGCGCCUCUGGGACCUCAGCAAGGGGGAGCUGCUGGCCGUGCACACGCCCGCUCGGCCGGCGACGUCGCGCGAGCUGCUGUGCGGGGGGCGCGUCGUGGUGCUGGCGCUGCGGGGCCGGCCUGCCCUCGCCUGCCUGCGCCUGCUGGGGCCCGGGCUGGGCCCGGCCGCGCCCCGCGCCCCCCGCUGCUACGGCCGCCCCGAGAACACGGGCCGCACCUUCCACCUGCGCGACGACGCCCCGCCGGAGAGGUGACGGCCGCCGCGCUGCCCCCCCGCGUCCCCGUCUCUCCAGCAAUACCUGUUCCCCGGAGGAGCCGGACCGGGAGAGACCGCCGACCGUGCUCUGCUGGCCAUGAUGCUUUCUGUGUAGCCGUUGGUCCGACGAUUCUCUUCUCCGCGAACUGUCGUCCCCCUCCCCGACCCCGCGGCGCGGGAUCUCCGUCGCGAGGGGCCUGGAAGUUUCGCGCGUUCGUUUCCGGCCGACACUUGUGUGUUUUAGAGUUGAUGCGGUGAGUUUUACGAAUUAUAACUGGAAGCAUGUGAGUCAAUAAGUCGUCCCGCACAAUGUACAGAAUGUGGCAUGCAAUUAAAAAAAAAGUUAUAAUAAUGUUAAGAACAGGGUUAACACAGGUUUCGAAAGGAUAGCCCAAUCAAUGAAUUGCAGUUAAUUUAUAAGCUAAUAUUUGCACUAAUAAUAUUUUAUAACAGUCUGAUGUCUGUUCACAAAUUAACCACACUUUCCUAAGUCCAAUAUUUCCUCUCCCCAUUGUAGGUCGUUGCACCAGUGGCUCUCUCUACUAUUUGUCUCCCACCACGCACCACGGUCCCAACACACCGCUUCGUACUACUCACUUUCCUGUGCUCCGACACCGUCCCUAAUGCACCAGUCUUGCACAUUAAGUCCGUUGCUCAUCUCCCGCUAUCAAUCGCCAAAAAAGGUCACUCACCCUCUUCUUUUCACUUGCCAAGGAUUCACCGGCAUCACCAACAGCUCUGUAACUCCCCCGCCGGAGGUAGCGUCGUCUCACAUACCUGCCAAGUCCUGCCCUGGAAAGGUCUCAAAGCCCUCCGAAGUGUUGUCUGCAGCAUCCCCGAGCUACCACUCAAAGCUGCAAGAAUAAUGGUGUCCUGGUUACGCCACUUCACAAAGAACGGGCUCCGGGAGCCUGCAGAAUAUUCCAGAUGAAUAAACUUCCGAUAGGGGUUUGCCCCCAAUAUCUUUUAUUUGCUAACCUGGCUCUCUUAGGUCCAGACGACAGACAGAGAGGUGCCCUGAACUCUGUGGGAGACCUUUCCUCCGGCAGGGGAGUGACAGACCUGUUGGUGAUGCCGGUGAAUCCUUCUUGGCAAGUGAAAAGAAGAGGGUGAGCGACCUUUUUUUUGGCGAGUGAUGGCGGGGGAUGAGCAACGGGCUUAACGUGUGAAGAUCGGUGCAUCAGGGACGGUGUCGCAGCGUGGGAAAGUGAGUGGUGCGAGGCAGUGUGUUGGGACUGCACGCGUGGUAAUAGACAGGUGUGUGUGUAAAUAGGGGUAGGGGCGGGCGCCACAUGCAUAGCGUCACCUCCUGCGGACUAGUCGCAGACUGGCUGGCCAGCCUUGUAACGUGCUCCCUUGACCCUUGACAAGACAUCACCCAGCAUAACCAUUCACGUGGUCUAGUACAAAGCGGGCCAACAUUUAAAGUGAGAGCUUAAAAUUAAACAAACCCUUUUGUUUUUUUGCAAUUCAGUUAUCUUCAUUAAUCGUUAGUAUUAAAAGCUGCUUUAAUAAUGAAUCCAAUGUGAAGGGUUAUAAGGCAGCAAAAUUUUUUUUGAGACUUCAUUUAAUGUGAAAAAUUACCCCGAUAGCUCGAAAGUAACAAAUUAAUUUAUAAUACAAUUCAUUGUAAAACUCACAAGUUAUGUGAUGACGCGCAGAUCACGUUUACAGUUAUGACCACGGUAACAAUUACAGACUUAAUGUAUAUUUUUUAAUUGUGAAGAGUUUUUUCAAAGUUAUCAAAAAGUAAUGGGGAGGAGGCCUGGCAAAAUUAAUCCCCCUUCCUCCUCCCUACCCCUUCCCAAUGCUAAUCAUCUCUCGAAAGUCCAGUUACAAUUCCUUGUUAUCAUUAUACGCAUCACCUUUCAAGGAUUUAUUCUUGCAUUGUCAUGCUACAUUUUCUGUGCGUUGAAUUAAUUCAAUUACACAGUAAUUUUCAUAAGACUUUACCUGUAGCCAGCAUGUGGUUUCGCACUGCCCACAGCUUGGAAAGCCACAAAAUGGUGGUCAGGCAGUGAAUCUUCUCUUGUAGACAGAAAACUUUGUCACGUGUAAGUCAUCAAACCAGCGAAAAUUCCAGGCCUCUACUCACUUCAACAAGUGACAGUGUUAUGGUGAGGGAUUCCCGUUCAACAUGAACGUUUCACAACUUGUACUGUGUGUUCUAUGCCAAUGUUGGUUUGGUUUAUUUUGGUUUGAAUUACAAAAAGGAAUCGUACACUUUGUCCACAGUUCUUUGAGAAUAGUUACUGAACUGGUAAAAUUCAAACAUCAUGUCGCAAUGAAAAUUAUUGCUUUUGAAGUAAUUUUUGCUCUUGCCUGUGUACAAACAUUAAACUUAUACAUUUUUAAAUUAUGAAUAUUUCUUAAUUUGUUUUUUUGUUAGCAAAACUAUUAAGAAAAAAUCGGAACUAACACUUUGUUAGUCGAAAGGAACUGUUGACACUACUUUGGUACAACUGUUGUAGACAAUGAUAUUAAACAGAAAAACACUGUUGGUGUGUUCACAGAAGUGGGAUUGUGUUCUGGUGCAUAAAGCAUGGUCAGUAGCUGAAACUAAACAGUUUGAAAUGUGUGCUACAAUGAAAUGCUCUGAAGUGUGUAUGUGAGCAAGAAGUGCUGACACCGUUCUAGGUAGAACUUGGAAAGCGAGUGCUAUUUGUGUACUGAAAAAGAAUUUCUCAAUUUUUAAAAACUGAUGAAUCUUUGUGUGCCAAGUUUAGUGCAGCCAAAAUAAGCCUACACUAAAUGGAACCAUUAGUUGGUUGAAACGUAGCGAGUUCUUGUGGUUUUCUGACGAUCAUGAAUGCAGAGAUUCGUACCGUGUUUUUUUUUUUUUUUUCACAUAAUGGCCUCACUGUUAAUUUAGGGCAUAAAUUUUGGGAAAAAUAAUUAUCGCAUAAAAAUCGCAUGAUGUUUUUAGUACCGCUGUUGGAUUCAGAGCGCUUUGUGAAUGUAGUAAAUAUGACCUUGCCAAAGUUCAAAGUUCACAGGACAAAGCAACAUGCAACAGGAAUCGGUUUUCGUGUUACUGUAAGGCAGUGUAGUAGUUAUGAUGGGAAGGGGAUACAUAAUCACGUUCCACAAUCCUCCCCCUCCAAACUGCAUCAAAAUGACUACUAUUUUGUUUGUUUCUCUCAUUAUUUAAGGUGAGUAAAAGUACUGCAUAAUUUUUGAAGUCCCACAUGAAAAGCAAGUGUAACAUUUGCCAGACAUAAUGUCAUUACAUUGAACAUGUAAUCAUAUAAUCUCAUUUGAGUGUAUCUGUAUUAUCAAUAGUUUACAUUCUGCAGGUAAAAAAAAAUUUCACCAUAUUUUAUUAAUCUAUAUUUUAUUUUGGAACUGUUUUGUGAAGAGUGGUGUGAUUAUUCUUAUCGCAUACAAUCAUCAACAUGUCCUACAACUAUACAAGUCUUUUUAUAUCCAGUGGCACACAUUUCAAAAUGUAGAAUGAUAUUUUCAUAAAUCAUUUGGCAUAAACUAAAAUGAAAUACAGCUUGACUUUCAAUGGAAGACUCUACUGUAUGAGGUACAAAUACAUGUUAACCUGGUCAGCAGAAAAGUAAUUUUCUUAGCUGCGCCCACUCACGUAACAAUUAUUACAUAUGUGAUUAAUGUCAUCCAAAAUUAAAAUUUCACUUUGAUAUUAAGUUUUGAAGUAUAAUGCUUUAUGGCCAAUUACCAACAUAAAUUUUAAAAAAUUUUAAAAAUAAUUUUUCAAGGCCAAUAUUUAAUGUGUGCAUCUUUAACUAGUAUACAUAUAUGAUUAAUUAUAGUACACAUUUAUCACAUAGUAUUUAUUUGCAUUACAAAACUAAAAUAAUUUUAACUUAUGUAUUAUGGUACAUAAGAAGAUCAAUUAUUUAUUUGUUACAUAUUUAUAUGUAUUUAAUGAGUACAAAAAAAUAUAAAAUGAUGUAUUUCUAGAGACCGGAAAAAUUCGGGGGGAUCAAUGAACUUCAGGAUAGACUCCAAUAUCCUCUACACAUUCGGGCAAAUGCCAACUGUAUAUUGGCUGCUGACUGUGAGUCAUCUCCACUGGGUAACCUGUGAUUCGACACUUCUAUGAGUGAGGGUCUCUAAUUGGCCCUCAGUCCUGCAGAUUAACAGUGAACCAAUUGCGGAAGCCGCACUAAGGUAUAAUUAUUUGAAUUUUAGCAUAACACGAAAUGAACCCGCGAAUUUUUCAGAUCUCUAUGUAUUUCAGGUUUUUUUGAAGACACCUCCCACUUCUGUCGAUCACAAGCAUAAUACGUACAAAGUAAAAGGGAUGUUAAAGUAUUUUUUUUUAACAUAAAAAUGUACUUUAUUGUGACAGACCUGUUUGUGCAACUUAAGACUGCUCUUCUUUCAAAGUGUGUAGCGGGAAAAACCCGACUUCAGCAGCAUCUUCCAUAUUUUUCCUUUGUAGCUGCCCAGUAGUCCCUGCGAAGUUUGUCGAAAGCUGUGUAAAACAUGUUUAUCGGUAUCGUGUUACAAUGAUGUUUAGCUUGCAGUGUCUGAGUUUGUCGCGUAUAGUUGAUUUUGUAGAACCCUGCCCGAGCUUCAUUUCUGUACACGAUGUUCUGACGAUGGAGAUGAUGUCCGAGAUUAUAAUAAAGAGCAUAUCAAGGAAA